AUGACUCGUGGUAACCAGAGAGAGAAAGAUCGUGAAAGGGCUCAAUCUAGAGUCGGUGGUUCUAAGGGAAAACCAGGAAAGAGUGAUGGUUUGACCCCUGAACAGCGUAGAGAAAGGGAUGCAAAGGCUCUGCAGGAAAAGACAGCUAAGAAAGCAGCUCAGGAUGCUGGAGGGAAUAGUGCUGGUGGAAGCAAAAAAUAG